CCACCUUCUUGCCAAGCGCUGGUGUUGUGGUGUUCCUGUGGGAUAGAGCCACCUUCUCGCCAAGCGCUGGCGUUGUGGUGUUCCCGUGGUGCGGAGCCGCCUUCUCGCCAAGAGACGCUACCACUGAGCUGGGCCUUUGCGCUUCGCUCUUGGCCAGCAGCAAGCGCGUGGUGGGAAGAGGAGGAGCUGUGCUUUGAGGCUCAUGUGUUUCCUUUGGUCGUUGAAGAUGUGAAACGUGCAGCAAAGAGGAAGCUAAGUACAGAUGUCCACGGUGCAUGAAAUAUUCGUGCAGUCUGUUGUGUGUAAAGAAGCAUAAGCUUGCACUGAGCUGUAAUGGAGUAAGGGAUAAAACAGCGUUUGUCUCUGUAAAUGAAUUUACUGACUUGAACCUUUUGAGUGAUUAUCGUUUCCUGGAAGAUGUAGGAAGGACAGCUGAUGCUGCUGCUCGACAUCCUAUUGUGCAUAGUCCACCAACAAAAAAACUGUUAUAUUGCUUGAGAAACAAAGCUCGAAGGUGUAAUAUUGACCUGAGAACUCUGCCCGUUGGAUUUACAAAAAGAAGAGAAAAUUCAACCACCUUCAACUACAUGGAGAAAAAGUUCUACUGGCAUCUGAAGCUCAUAUUUCCUCACUGUCAUGCUGAAUACACUUUAAAAGGGGUGCCUGACGAUAAAACACUCGCUGAUAUCCUUAAGCCCUACAUUGAUCCAGUGGAGUCAGAUCCUGUAGUUUGUCAAAGACUGAAAAUCUAUACAGUGUCUCCUCAGUCAGAUGUACAAAUUUUAAUGAAAAUAGAAAACAGGAAGCGCAAUUCUGUCAGGUACAAUGAACUGGAUGCCAGUAGAAGCCUCCUAGACAAUUUGAAAGGCAAAGUAAUAAUUGAGUAUCCAACGUUAUUUGUGGUCUUGAAAACACUGAAGAAUGACAUGGUGAUUCUUGGCCAAGAUGCCAGUGAACCUGCAGACAACUCGGACAGUGAAAGUUCGUCCCAUUCAUCUGUGGAAGAAGGGGAAAUUCGGGACAGUUCAUGACGGUUCUUUGAGAGAAGAGGGUGGAAUAAGCCUUUUUUUAAUUAUUUAAUUAAAUCUUUUUUUAUACGACUGAGUUCUUAGAGGUUUGGUCUGGCUUCCAUCACUAAAGGCAGCAGUUCCAAACUGCCUGCCUAUUUUUGGAUUUAGGAAUACGUAUUUAGGGUUGUAAAUAAAGAGAUAGGGAAUUGCUGGUUCCAGAAAAAAAACUUAUAUUCUUAUUUUAUUGCACCCUUUUUCCAUGUAUCUUUAAUGAAUCAGAGUAACCCAAAUUUAAGUUUCCAACUUAGUUUCAACAGUAUAUUUUUUCCUUUUACCCUAACAGCUCAGUGUCUGAUUUCUGAGUUUAAAUAUUUGACCACAUAUUUGUGUUUAUAUGCGGAUUUGCGUUUUAAUGCUUAAACUUACUGAAAAAAAAAUCCCACUGGUAUUUCAUUAGAUUAAUUUUCUUUUAAGGUAUUUCCUUGUCAUGCUGAGCUGCUGCAAAUUAUCUUACUUUACUUUUGAUUUUAAUCUUCUGCGGUGACAUUUUGGGUGCCUGGUGCAAUACAUUUCUUUUUUUUUCUUACUUGGUUGCGUCUUCUUUAAUGUGUUAAGGACAUGUCAAACCAUGUUUUCAGGGUAGCAAGGUGCUGUAUGUUUAAUCUUCUACCCUGAUCCUUUAAAUUAGCAUGGGUUUUAAAAUCAACGGAUACAUAGACUGUCACUAAUGCUGAUAUAUUGGACUGCUAAAGAAUGCUUAUGUUAUGCAUCUGGUAUUAACUAGUUUGCCAACUGAAGCCAGGUAUUGCAAAUAUUUGCUGGAAUAUCAACUAAA